AUGAAAACUACGACAUUAACCUAUGGUAUGUUCAAUCUUUUUAUCUUGUACAAUACAUGGACAAGUAUAAGUGCAAGUGAAUGGCCUCCAAAACACAAGUAUGAUUCAUCCAAUCCAAAAGCCAUGAGGGUGAGGUUUGAAACAUGGCUGAAACGACAUGGUCGAAAUUACUUAGAUAAAGAAGAAUGGAAAGUUCGUUUUGGCAUUUACCAAGCAAAUGUUAAGUUUAUAGAAUUCGAAAACUCUCAAAAGAACUCCUACAAUCUCACAGACAACAAAUUUGCCGAUCUUACAAAUGAAGAGUUUAAAAGUACCUACCUGGGUUUUAAACCUAGGUUGCUUUCACAUACAGGAUUCAAGUAUCAUGAACAUGGGGAUCUUCCAGAAAGCAAGGAUUGGAGGAAGGAAGGAGCCGUAACUGGCAUCAAGGAUCAAGGCGAAUGUGGAAGUUGUUGGGCAUUCUCAGCAGUGGCAGCUGUAGAAGGCAUUAACAAAAUAAAAUUAGGGAAAUUAGUAUCUCUCUCUGAACAAGAACUAGUAGACUGUGAUGUUGAUAAUGGAAAUCAAGGUUGUGAAGGUGGCCUAAUGGAGAAAGCGUUUACAUUCAUCAAAGAGAAUGGUGGGCUAACCACAGCAAAAGACUACCCUUAUAAAGGGGUUGAUGGCACUUGUAACAGAGAAAAAACUAAACAUCAUGUUGUUAAUAUAAGUGGCUAUGAAAAUGUACCUGCCAAUAAUGAGUCUAUGCUUAAAGCUGCAGCUGCAAAUCAACCUGUUUCUGUGGGAAUUGAUGCUGGAAGUUAUACAUUUCAGCUUUAUUCAGAAGGUGUUUUCUCUGGCGUUUGUGGAAAGCAACUCAAUCAUGGGGUAACCAUAGUUGGGUAUGGAUCAGAAGAAAAUGGUGAUAAAUAUUGGAUUGUGAAGAAUUCAUGGGGUGCUGACUGGGGCGAAUUUGGUUAUAUUAGGAUCAAACGUGACACUUUUGAUAAAGCUGGUACUUGUGGCAUUGCCAUGGAAGCUAGCUACCCUGUUAAAAAUGCUGCCAACAACAUCACUAGUUUUCCUACACCAUUUGCUUCAUUAAGUACAUGUUUGAUUCUCUGUUGA